AUGCAGAACACAAUCUCAGAAGUAACGAGGUCACUCCCGCCCGGAUUCAGAUUCCAGGCCACUGAUGAGGAGCUUCUGUUGGACUACUUGAAGCCCAAGAUUCUCAGACAGCCCGACGGACGCCACUACGACAUGAUACCGGAGAUUGAUGUACUGGAAUUCGAACCUUGGCAAUUGCCCUCCCUCUUCGGUCACAUGUUCAGCGGUAAGGAGCUGUUUUUCUUUUGUCACUUGAAGCGCAAGUACUUGAACAGCAACCGCUCCAACCGGACAACCAAAGCUGGUUAUUGGAAACCGACUGGCGAGGUGCCCACUAUUGUGAGCGAGGACAAUGAGGCACAGAUAGGAAUAAGGAAGACACUAGUGUUCUACGAAGGCCGCAUGCCCAAAGGCAAAAGGACCAACUUCGUGAUGCACGAAUAUCUCCUAAAGCCCAAGUGUUUGGGCAACAAUCAUGAUGAAAAUGAGAUGCUGCCUUAUGCGUUAUGUCGGAUAAAGCAAAAGAAGGACAAGAAGCUGAUGAAGGGUCACGCUCUGACGAUCAGCCCUGGAGGCUAUUCAAACAGCCAUUGCACAGACACUAGCAAUGUAUCAGAGACCCCUCUGAAUCAAGAAGGGGACUACUUGAGCUUCUGUGACAACCUGCACAAUGAAGUUGCUGAUAACCAAGAAGUUGUUUAUGCUCAACCCGAGAGUACUCAAGAUGAUUUGUUUCAUACUAUCGACAUUGUCUUGAAUGCAGAUGACAGUGGAAGAAUUAAUGGCAUUUUAUCAUACUACAACACCACUCCAGCCUAUCAGCCCCAGGCAGCAGCAGAGGAAGGAUCAUCGUCCUUCUUUGAUUUCUCACAUGACAACGAUGGCAAUGAGUUCAGCCAUGGAUACAUGCCAUCUCCAUACAGCAAUUCUGCAUAUUAUUCCGGUUUCGACUGCGGCAAUGUCUGA